AUGUCGAAGGAGGCUGAAACUGUCACCAUUUCCCAGGAUCGUACCAGUCAUUCGCCUGGUCCGGUCCUGGGGCAGAAAUCAUGGAAAGGCUACGUAUGGGACACGUUUGACAAACCAGCGGAGGAGCGGAGGUUCCUGUUCAAACUCGACGCCGGAAUGCUUACCUUCACUUGCCUGGGAUAUUUCUCCAGAUUCCUCGAUCAGGCAAAUAUCAACAAUGCCUAUGUUUCUGGAAUGAAAGAAGACUUGAAUAUGAUGGGCAUUCAAUACAACUACGCAGUCACCCUGUGGACCAUUGGCUACAUCAUUGGCGAAAUCCCCAGCAAUCUCAUCCUUACCAAGAUUCGACCAUCGAUCUGGAUUCCUGUCCUGGAGCUUAUAUGGUCAAUCUUGACAAUCUGCACUUGUCGAGUUACCACUGUCUACCAACUAUAUGCUUUGCGCUUCUUGGUCGGAGUGGCCGAAGCUGGGUUCUUCCCUGGUAUUCUCUACUUGCUUGGUUCUUGGUAUGGCAAGGACGAGCUGGCAAAGCGCUCCAUCAUCUUCCACGUUUCGGGUUCUAUCGCCACAAUGUUUUCGGGUUACUUCAUGGCGGCUGUGAUUGGGCUGGGGGGGAAACAUGGUUAUGCAGGCUGGCAAUGGCUGUUUAUCAUUGACGGAGUCAUUUCUCUGCCCAUUGCAGUGCUAACCUUCUUUUUCCUGCCUGACCAACCCCAUAAUACCCGCGUCUGGUAUCUGAAUGCUCGGGAUAAAGAGAUUGCCUCGGAGCGAAUCCAAAGAAUUGGCCGGGCGAGCAGAGAAGGCUUCUCAAAAGACAAAGUCCUCAAAAUCUUCUCGAGAUGGCACAUCUGGGUGUUCCCUCUCAUGACCGUUUUCGGAGGCGGUGCAGGGGGAAUCGGCCAGCCGAUGUUUUCGCUCUACCUGAAGGCAUCCAAACACCCCAAAUAUACAGUCAGCCAGAUCAACACCUAUCCCACAACUACAGCCGCGGUGAUGGUGGUCGCCGAACUGUUGUACUCGUGGAUCUCUGAUGGCCCACUGCGUGGGAAAAGAUGGCCAGUCAUGGUAUUCGCAGCGCUCUUCCAGCAGGUCAUCUGGAUUUCGCUCCUAGUGUGGAACAUUCCCACGGGCUGGCUCUGGUUUUGCUACAUAGUGAUGCAACAGGGCAUUGCGCUGGUGCCUCUGAAUCUAAUCUGGGUGAAUGAAGUUUGUGCCAACGACGCCGAGGAGCGUGCUCUCGUCAUUGCCGUGGUCAACACCAUUCAAUACGUGCAGUCGGCAUGGCUCCCACUCCUUGUUUGGAAGGUUACCGACGCGCCGGAAUACAAGAAAGGUUUCCCUACCGCGCUUGCAUUCACCUUUGCCCUCAUAGGAGUCAUCUUCCUCAUCCGGUAUUUGGCAAACAGGGAAGCCAGACAAAAGAAAGAACUAGAAGAUCGACUUGACAAUGGCUCGACGAACAAUUCAGACGCGGCUGAAGGUGUGGUGGUUUCCAUGUAA